AUCCACCUAUACAUGCUUACAAAACCAUACAAACACAAACCCCAAGUCCAAAUACUACACCAUUUCGCUUCUUUCCAAAAUGAGUUUCAUCAAAAACCUCCCAAUUUUAGUUUCCUUUUUCUUUAGUCUAUACUCCACUUUCACCAAUGCAGCCACCUUUGAUGUGGUGAACCAAUGCACCUACCCAGUCUGGGCUGCUGCCUCACCCGGUGGGGGCAGGAGGCUUGACUCCGGUCAGUCUUGGACCGUCAACGUGAACCCUGGCACCACCAAUGCUCGUAUAUGGGGCCGAACCAACUGCAACUUCGAUGCCAGUGGCCGAGGCCAAUGUCAGACAGGUGACUGCAAUGGGCUUCUAGAGUGCCAAGGCUACGGUAGCCCACCGAACACUCUAGCCGAGUUUGCCCUAAACCAACCCAACAACUUGGACUACGUCGACAUAUCAAAUGUUGACGGGUUCAACAUUCCGAUGGACUUUAGCCCCACCACCGACGUGUGCAAACAUCUCCGAUGCGCCGCGCCCAUCAACGAGGAGUGCCCGGCUGAGCUGCGGGCUCCGGGCGGCUGUAACAACCCGUGCACGGUGUUCAAGACCAAUGAAUAUUGUUGCACUGAUGGACCUGGGAGUUGUGGGCCUACCACAUUCUCAAGGUUCUUCAAGGAUAGGUGCCCAGAUGCCUAUAGCUACCCUCAGGAUGAUCCAACCAGCUUGUUCACUUGCCCUGCUGGUACCAACUACAAGGUUGUGUUCUCAGCCACCUUCGACAUCCGCAACAACUGCCCCUACACUGUCUGGGCCGCCGCGUCCCCAGGUGGCGGCCGCCGCCUCAACCGGGGCCAAACCUGGACCCUAAACGUGCCCGCGGGCACCAAGAUGGCUCGCAUUUGGGGUCGGACCAAUUGCAACUUUGAUGCUGCUGGGAGGGGCCAUUGCCAAACAGGGGACUGUGGUGGGGUCUUGGAUUGCAAGGGAUGGGGUGUCCCACCAAACACCCUAGCUGAAUACGCACUAAACCAAUUUGGUAACCUUGAUUUCUACGACAUAUCCCUGGUUGAUGGGUUCAACAUCCCCAUGGACUUCAGCCCCACCACGGGCAGUUGCCGGGGCAUUUUGUGCACGGCCGACAUCAAUGGGCAAUGCCCGAAUCCGUUGCGGGUCCCGGGCGGGUGUAACAACCCAUGCACUACAUUCAAGACGGAUGAAUACUGCUGCACAAAGGGACCUUGUGGGCCUACAAAUUAUUCAAAGUUUUUCAAGGAGAGGUGCCGUGACGCCUAUAGUUACCCUCAGGAUGAUCCUACAAGCACAUUCACCUGUCCUGGUGGGACUAACUAUAGGGUUGUGUUUUGCCCUAGAGGGUCCUCUCUUUUCCCUCUGGAAAUGUAUGGAAGUAAUGAUGCGGAGUAAGAAGAAGUCCUUAACUAGACUAGUCACUUGUGAGUUGUGACUAAUUGGUGAAAUAAGGUUUGUUUGAACCUCAAAUAAUAAUAAUAAGAGAGUGUUUUUGUAAAUAAA